UAUGCAAACUCGACCUGUGGCCGCCGCCCGCGCCGCAUAUCUUCAUCUCUAUAUAUAUGCAUCUAUCUGCUACCAAUGCAAUUCUGUGUCACAAGCUAUCUACUAAUUACCUAUAAUUUUACAGCGAAACAAACAUAGUCAGAAAAAAAAAAAACUUUUAUCUUCGGCGAUCGAUAUAUGGAGAGGAGGAUAUUGCUGGUAGCUGCUGCAUCAGCUACAAUAGCUCUGAUUACUCCAUCCUCAAUCUCAUGCUCAUCAGUUGAGCGGGACGAUCAUCGGUGCGGCCAAUACAAAGACGGGACAUGGGCUAAAUGCGACUCGGGACGCUGUUGCAGCCUCUCUACUUACUGCGGCGACACUUACGAGCACUGCAGCACUGGGUUUUGCGAGUUCCAAUGUCAUGAGGUUCCAAUUCCUUCUCCUCCUCUUGCUGCUGAUGAAUUAGUAGCUGAAACGGGAGGAGGAGCUGGAGUACUCGUAGUACUCACACGUCUCGUUAACGCUACGUACAAUGAUAACCACUAUUUGAAUUUGAAUAUUAGUGGUGGUGGUGGUGGUGAUCAUGAUCAUGGUAAGCUCGUCAAAGUGGCCGCCGACGACAAUGCUUCUUCUUCUUCUUCUACCUCGCCGCUGUCGUCGUCCUUUUUAUCGUGUGCAAGGUCUCUCAACCGCCUACCGCUGGCUUCGCGUUACAAGUAUCCUUUCGCUGCUCUACGUGCUCCACAGCCUCAAAACAACACCGCUGCUGCUACUCGUUGUGGCCGCUGCUUAAAGGUAACAAAUCUUGGAGUUGGAGGAGUUCCUAAUAAAGUGAAGGUUCGCAUUGCUCACGAGCAUAACAAGGAAGGACUUGAAUUGGAUUUCAAUACUUUUAAGAAGCUCGACAUAAAUGGUAGCGGAACUGCUACAGGUCGUAUUUUGGUGAAGUAUCAGUUUGACAUCUGUUGAAAACUACAUAUAUGUACAUGUACGCUUGUCAGGGAUGUGCAACUAAAAGAACUACUCAUAAAUAAAGGUCAAUAAAAUAAAAGUAUCUAUAUUUACAGUUUACUUAUCUAGUUGUCAAUCUCAAUAAAUAAGUCUACAGGAUAAAACAGCUCAUCUCGUAUGCUCGGCGGUUUUGUGCGAAAAAACCAGAGCUCUAUGAGCACUCUCUCUAUUGUGUUUCUGCUCGUUUGUUGUGUGUUUAGAGGAUCUGAGGGGGUCGGCUAUUUAUAGAAGCCGAUUCUCCCAAGAAUAUUCCUCUUUCGUGAGGAAUAAGUCAUGGUAAUUAAGGAGAUAAUCACUCCUUAAUUAAAACCGAGUCGGUUAAGAUAAAUUCUGCUGGAUUAUCCUUCGAAUAGUUCUUUUAAUCGAUUAUCCUCUUCCAACUCGUAUUUAUCUAGGAUACAAAAUAACCGAUUAAUAAUUAAUUUCGUUUGGAAUUUCUCCAAAAAUAUAGUCUAAAGUUGAACCACCAAUCCAAAAAGUGGAUCACUCCAAGGGGCAUCCGAUCCCCUAUAUGGAGAGAUGCUCCUAUCUUUAUACACAUUUCACGAAAGUAAAACUAUUCCUCCUUGAUGCUCUAUAGCUCUCAAAGCUAUUCAUUUCGAACACUUAUUGUUAACGCUACGCUCAUUAAUAACCAAUAUUUGAAAGAUGAGCUAGUCAAAGUGGCCGCCGAUUGUAAUGCUUCUUCUUCUUCCUCGCCACCGGCGUCGUCCUUCUUAUCAUGCGCCAGGUCUCUGUCUGGCCUGCCUCUAGCUUCUCGUUACAAGUAUAUAUCCUUUCGCUGCUCUCGUUGUUAAGCUGCAUCAAAACAAUGUUACCACUACUCAUUGCGGUCGCGGCUUAAAGGUAAAUUAAUUUGUUCCAUCAUCAUUGAUAAUUAUGUAAAGCUACGCAAAUAAACGUUGGGUGUCAAACAUAUGUGUAGGUAACCAAUCUUGGAGUUGGAGAACUUCAUAGUCAAGUGAAAGUCUGUAUCAUUCACGAGCCUAGCUACGAGGGACUUGAACUGGAUAUCAAUAUCUUGGGAUCGGUUAGCUUGACUACCCCUAAAGGGGUAGUGAUUUUUGACACCCCCUUUAUGAUUGGCCAAUUUUAUUUCCAAUCAUUGGCAAGUAUUAAUUAAACUGAUUUUUUAUUUUUUUUAAUCUUGUAAUUUGGGGUCUCUCACCACAUUGGAAAAGAGAAAGAAUCUGGGGAAAAACGAAAUCACCCCCAUUAAUUACAUAAUUAAUUUCUCUCACUGCUACAUUAAUUACACGUACCACUCUACUGGUACACGUACCACUCCACUGGUACACGUACCAGUGGAGUGGUAUUUGUAUCAUUGAAGUGGUACUGCAUUGUUGCUCCGUUAUUGUUUAUCAUUGUUAUGAAAAAUAUCAUUGCACUGGUAUUGUUCUCACUCUAACCUACCUUGUGGAUUGCUCGCACCAGUGGAGUGGUACGUGUACCAGUGGAGUGGUACGUGUACCAGUGGAGUGGUACGUGUACCAGUGGAGUGGUACGUGUACCAGUGGAGUGGUACGUAUACCAGUGGAGUGGUACGUGUACCAGUAGAGUGGUACGUGUAAUUAAUGUACCAGUGAGAGAAAUUAAUUAUGUAAUUAAUGGGGGUGAUUUCGUUUUUCCCCAGAUUCUUUCUCUUUUCCAAUGUGGUGAGAGACCCCAAAUUACAAGAUUAAAAAAAAUAAAAAACCAGUUUAAUUAAUACUUGCCAAUGAUUGAAAAUAAAAUUGGCCAAUCAUAAAGGGGGUGUCAAAAAUCACUACCCCUUUAGGGGUUAGCAUAGUAUCCUACCCCCAAUAUCUUCAAGCAACUUGACAUCGACGGAAGUGAAAUUACUAAAGGCUUCAUUUUGGUGAAGUAUCAAUUCAAAAAGUUGUUGAAACAUGUGCGUGUGUUUGUCAGGGAUAUCAAUAAUUAAUAUCCUAUUAAGAA